AUGGCGAAGGAUACACUGAAGAAAAAUGUGCGCCGGAAUGAGACGCGGAUGCGCAUCUUCACGAUUGCCGUAUUCGUAAUCAACGCGGUUUCUAUCAUUGCUAUAAUGUACUAUCGUGGUUCUGUGCCGCACCUUGUGGACAUUGCUGGAGUGACGUUCUGGGCAGGGCAGGAGUACAUGGCACUCGCUCUGCUGAAGCGGUUCGCGAAGCCGACAUACAGCUCAACAGGGGAGCUGCUUGACUGCCCGGAUGCUUCAAAUCCCGCGGAGUUGGGCGUGUACUCCUUUGCGCAAGACGUGCUGUGGGUGUGCUGUGCCGUGCAGCUGCUGUGCAGCCUCUUCCACUGGGCCUUUGUGAUCUUCUAUCUCCCUGUACCCGCCAUGGCGAUGUACAAGUUGUGGCACCUCCUCGCUCCACUGCUGCUGCUGCGGCGUGGCGCGUCGGCGGUUGGCGAGGGCGAUGAGGACAGUGCAUUACCGCGCGAUCGGAUGGAGAGGCGCAGGAUGGAGCUGAUGCAGCGCAAGAAAAGGUCUACCAAGUAG